AUGGGCACUACGAGCUACCUGCAUCCUGCCGAGGUCGAGCAUACGCUAUUAUAUGCAUCGCGAUUGAUCUUUUGGCGCCCCACGGGCACGGGCUCGGACCUUCUUCGUUCGCAAAUCCUAACAUGUCGCCAGAGCUAUGUGGCGCGAAAGGCUGCCAAAGUUAUGGAAGACUCACACGACCGGACGGCGCAAUCCAUCGCAGUGCGGUUUCUGGCGCUGUUCAUCUAUGGCUCCGGUGUUUUGGAUUACCAUUGCAGCAUGCGAUAUACACGACGGUUCUGGUUGACAUUUGCAGCGAGUUUGCCCUUCUUUAUUCGGUCGGAAAUACACGGCUUGACAGUCUUGUUCUGUCCUUUUUCCCAGCUUCCAUCGCUGCGCUACUGA